AUGCAGGGUUCAUACAAAAACAACGGGCUUCCUCGGCCAUACUAUAUGAAACCACAUUCCAAACGAUCGUCGGCCUACGAGAAGAUGCCUCAGCAAUUUUUCUUGACAAAUUCGAGGAAAUUAACAGGGUAUCUUGUCAUGCUAUUUCUUUUUGGCCUUUGCAUGUACAUGAUUUCCCAAGAGCUCAAGGGAGGUGAGGAUCCAAUUUACGAGUUGGUGCACCCGCUGGAAAUGCAGAGCGAAAAGAAUGGGGAUGUUGGAAAACUCGUAGACUCCUCAAAGGUGGAAGACGCAGCGGAGGACAAGGCCGCCUUGGCAAGCAAAGAAGAAAAUGUUGUUGUGGAGGCCCCUAAGGGAGGGCUGGUCAAUGAAGGGCCAGUAGUGGGCAACGACGAGGGUCUUGUUGUUGAUGGUAAGCCUAGCAACAACAAGAACACUGGGAAAAUUGGGGCCGGUGUUCAAGCUGCGCGUGGCCAGGAUCAGGUUGUAGAGGAAAUUGUUCCGCGGAGCGAAGCCCAAGAUUUGCUGAAACUUCUCGAAGUAUCCACUAAUGCUCAGAACCCAGGGGGAGUCCCAAGAGCAGACCUCUCCCAAUAG